AUGGAGUUCCUGUCGGGCUAUGCAGCCGCAAGGGCUCCUUUAUCCGCCUACCAGGUCGAGCCACCUCCACAAUCGUCGACUUCAUCUUCUAGUUCUACCUCGCAGCAGCAGCGCUCCUCCUCCGAUCGACGAGGACCGCCGCCUCUCCAUCCCACUCGCUCCAACUCGACCUCGGGCACUCACUCGCACCGAAAGCGUCGCCAGCACGGCCACGUCCGCACCAACAGCGCCAGCACCACCGGCAGCUCGGCCGCUCCUCUGGUCAGCAGCAGCGCCGCCGGCCCAGGUCAACUACCCUCUUCCUCUUCGACAACAUCAUCAUCAUCCUCCCACCACGGCCACGGCCACGGCCACGGCCACGGUCACGGUCACGGUCACGUUCACAGCCACAAACACAAGCUGUUGACGCCAGCUUGGUUACAACCACGACCACUCCCAUCAGAUCACUACAGCGACGGUGCUUCGGCCGCCACCGCUCAGAACUCUGCAUCACCCGGACCCCGUGCCACCUCGUCUCUCGACCAUUAUCGCCCCUCGCGCCGAGACUUCCUCAAUCCUCCUUCGUCCUCCUCCCAUCACCAGCACCGUAGCCAUCAUCCCGAGCGGAUACCUACGUCUGGCCGGUACCCGAACAUACACGGCAACAACAAUCACAAGCAGCUCCCCGCGACACCUCGUAUCGACACGCACGAUAGCCAUAAAUACCUGACGCCCACCAACACCGGUAGCGCUUCCGAGCCCUCAUCAGCCCGGUCACCUGUCUUUCGUGACGGAACAGCCCCCCUCGCGCACACCACGAGCAACAUCAGCAUCGUAGGAGGAACCGGAGCCUCCAUUGCCUUUGCCGCCCACGCGGCCUCCAGCAUCCUCGAGCGUGGUCGUCACGUGCCGGCGUCGCCCCAGUCCCAGGGGCAACAACAUGCUGGUAGCGCACAAGCCGGCGCCACCAUGCCUCUCUCGUCCGGGACCAGCUCCAAGAUCUCUGGUUACGAUGGCUCCCGCGCCGAAAGUGUCUCCAGCAUCGCUGGCACCACGAUAAGCAGUCGCACGUUUCUCUCGAGCGAUCCUUUGCCGAACCCCGACCAGCUCGCGAACAACCAGGCCAGACCUUUUGUCUUGCGCAAUGGCCGAACAUACAUCUCCGACCCGACACUGGCGUACCCGCUACCCGUCGAUCUCGAGGAAAUACACAGACAGACGUUGAGGACGCUGUUGCUGCUCCAGCUCUUCGGAAAGCCAAUAUGCUCGCCCGAGUUCGCAGACCAGCCGCCCAAGCGCAUCCUGGAAAUCGGCUGUGGCUCUGCGGUCUGGUCGAUGCUCUGCUAUAAGCACUACAAGAACCUCGGUCAAGCUGAUGGCAUGUCCUUUACGGGUAUUGACAUUGCUCCCUUGGCGCCACCCAGUACCUCAGGAAACAGCGAUGGCAGCGACGGGCGCCGCAGCAACCGCGCCUCUUCUUCGUCUGCCACCUUAUCGGCAGCCGGCGGUGGCGGUGCGACUAGCGGCUCCGGCAUGCACCCCGAUCCUUCAAUGAACUGGCGUUUUGUCCAACACGACUGCCGCAAGUUCCCGUUUCCCUUUGCCGACGCCUCGUUCGAUUUGAUCAUGUGCAAGGACGUCUCUCUCAUCACGACUACUGCCAUGCAACAGCCUCUCAUUGAUGAGUACAUCCGUCUCCUUGCGCCGGGCGGUGCCAUCGAGAUCUGGGAAAGCGAUCACACGCUACGAAUGCUGCGACCGCACGUCCCUGAGCAUCUGCAGAACUCCUCCUCGGCGCCGGCCGCUGGCGAGGACGGGCAGCCUGCGGAAGGUACCGAGGACGACGGCGCAGCGGAAAAAUCUCCCGAAGAACUCGAAGCCAUUGAAGCUGCCCGCCUAGGCGCCUACGUAAUGACAGCCAACACGCCCCUCUCCUCUCCCCUAAACCACUUCCUGGUGGAAUACAACGCCUGGCUCUCCAAAGCCCUCGAAGCCCGCUCCUUGUCUAGAGCAUGCCAUGCACCCUCAUCGGGCCCAUAA